CGGGUUUGUUUUUGAAUCUGCGGAGGCGGCGGCGGUGGCAGCGGCGCCGGGGCGACUGAAGUGCGCCAGACUGAGGAGGCAGCGUCGGGGACGGCUGCGCGGGACGGCUCUGUAGGAAGGAACUUGGUUCCCCCUCCCUCAUCUCCCGCCCCGAAAGAUUCAAAAUGGACAGUAUAGAAGAACCUCAGAAAAAAGUCUUUAAGGCUCGAAAAACAAUGAGAGUGAGUGAUCGUCAACAACUUGAAGCAGUGUACAAGGUCAAAGAAGAAUUGCUGAAAACUGAUGUCAAGCUUUUAAAUGGCAACCAUGAAAAUGGAGAUUUGGACACUACCUCACCUCUGGAAAAUAUGGAUUAUAUUAAAGACAAGGAAGAGGUAAAUGGCAUUGAAGAGAUAUGUUUUGACACUGAAGAAAGUAAAACAGAAUGGAAAGAAACACCCUGUGUCCUAAAUAUUAAUGUAAAAAACAAGCAGGAUAAUGAUUUAAAUUGUGCACCUUUGUCUCCUAAUAAUAUAACCCCUGAAGCAGUCUCUAAACUGAUUACUGAACCAGCUUGUGAUGAUCCAGCCUCUGAUGAUCUGUCUGCUGGAGAUCUAGCCUCUGGAGUACUGGCCUUGGGUGAUUCUGCCACUGGUGAUCCCUCUGGUGAUCCCACCUCUGGUAAUCCCACCUCUGAGGAUCCCUCCUCUGGAGAUCCCAUCUCUGGUGAUCAUGCUUCUGGUGAUCCUGCCUCUUGUGAUCCUGCCUCUGGUGGUCCUGCCUCUGGUGGUCCUGCCUCUGGUGAUUCUGUCUCUGGUGAACCAGUCUCUGGUGAAGUGGCCUCUAGCAAACUGGCAUCUGAUGAUUAUGCCUCUGAUGAUCAAGACUCUGGUGUUCUGACCUCUGGUGAUCUUGACACUAGAGCAUCAGUGUCUGGUGAUCUGUCCUCUGGUGAUCCAGCCUGUGGUGAUCUGGUUUCUGAUGAUCCAGCCUCAGAUGAUCCGGCUUCUGAUGGACCAGCCUCUGGUGAUCUGGCUUCUGGUGAGCUGGCCUCUGAUGAACUGGCCUCUGGUGAACUGACUUCUGAAUCAGCUUUUGAUCCCGCCUUUGAAACCGGUUCUGUACCAGUCUGUGAACCCGUUCCCGAAACUGACAAUACAGAGCUGAGUAGCAAUAAAGAUGAUGAUUUUCUUGAAAAAAAUGGGGGUGAUGAAAAGUUAGACCAAAUUCAAAGUAAGGACUCAUUUGAUGAGAAAAAUAAAUCUGAUAGUAAUAUUGAUGCUAAUGAAGAAACUCAAGAAACAGAUGAUACAACUAUUAGUUCAGAUCUACCUCCUGAAAAUGAAAAGAUGGUAGAGGAAGAUACUUUCACAGAGCUUGCUAUUGGAGAAGAGGCUAUAUCUAGCAGUAUGGAAAUUGACCAAAGUGAAAAGAAUGAAGAUGAAAAUUCUGCAGACCUUGUAGAAACCAUUAGUGAAAAUGUUAUAAAAGAUGACAAAAAUGAGAAUAUCUUGAAAAGUACAGAUUCAAUGGAGACAGAUGAGAUCAUUCCUAUUUUGGAAAAGCUUGCACCUGCUGAGGAUGAACUUCCUUGCUUUUCUAAAACUUCUCUCCUUCGAAUUGAGGAGACAAAUCCAGAUUUGGAAGAGAAGAUGGAAGGUUCUUUUGGUUCUCCAUCUAAACAAGAAAGUAGUGAGAGUUUGCCCAAAGAAGCCUUUUUGGUUCUCUCUGAUGAAGAGGAUAUUUCGGGUGAAAAAGAUGAGUCUGAAGUUAUAUCACAAAAUGAAACAUGCUCUCCAGCAGAAGUAGAAAACAAUGACAAGGACAGCAAACCCGAGGAAGAAGAGCAAGUAAUACAUGAAGAAGAUGAAAGACCUUCUGAAAAAAAUGAAUUUUCCAGAAGAAAACGUUCUAAAUCAGAGGACAUGGAUAAUGUACAGUCCAAACGUCGUCGAUAUAUGGAAGAAGAAUAUGAGGCAGAAUUUCAAGUAAAGAUUACAGCCAAAGGAGACAUUAACCAGAAACUUCAAAAGGUUAUACAGUGGUUGCUGGAAGAAAAAUUGUGUGCCCUACAGUGUGCUGUAUUUGAUAAGACUUUGGCAGAAUUAAAAACACGAGUGGAAAAGAUUGAAUGUAACAAGAGACAUAAAACAGUUCUUACUGAGCUACAGGCCAAGAUAGCCAGGUUAACCAAACGCUUUGGAGCAGCCAAAGAAGAUCUUAAGAAAAGACAAGAAAAUCCACCAAACCCACCUAUAUCACCAGGAAAGACUGCCAAUGAUGUCAACAGCAAUAAUAAUAUACCCUACAGAAAUGCAGGCACAGUGAGACAGAUGCUGGAGUCCAAAAGAAAUGUAAGCGAGAGUGCACCACCAUCCUUUCAAACUCCUGUGAAUACAGUAUCAUCAACCAGUCUUGUCACUCCUCCAGCAGUUGUCAGUAGUCAACCUAAAUUGCAGUCUCCAGCAACUUCGGGUUCUCUGACAGCAACGUCAGUUCUUCCUGCACCCAACACAGCUACAGUAGUUGCUACUACUCAGGUGCCUACUGGAAAUCCCCAACCUACAAUCUCUUUACAACCUUUGCCAGUGAUUUUGCAUGUACCUGUUGCAGUAUCUUCCCAGCCUCAGCUACUACAGAGCCAUCCAGGGACUUUAGUGACCAAUCAACCAUCUGGCAACGUUGAAUUCAUUUCUGUGCAAAGCCCGCCUACAGUGAGUGGUCUUACCAAAAAUCCGGUGUCCUUGCCAUCCUUGCCAAAUCCCACUAAACCAAGCAACGUUCCUUCUGUGCCCAGUUCUAGUAUUCAAAGGAACUCUCCUGCCAGUGCUGCACCAUUAGGAACAACACUUGCUGUACAGGCUGUUCCAACAGCACACUCUAUUGUACAAGCUACAAGGACUUCUUUACCCACAGUAGGCCCAUCAGGACUGUAUAGUCCACCAACUAAUCGAGGUCCUAUACAGAUGAAAAUUCCAAUUUCUGCUUUUAGUACUUCAUCUCCUGCAGAACAGAGCAGCACUACUACCCCAAGGAUUGAAAAUCAGACAAACAAAGCAAUAGAUGCUUCUGUUAAUAAGAAAGCAGCUGAUAGCACAUCACAGAGUGGAAAAGCCACUGGCGGUGAUUCAGGUGGUGUCAUAGAUCUCACAGUGGAUGAUGAAGAGGGUGCAGCUUCUCAAGACCUCAAAAAGCUAAAUCACACUCCUGUAUCAACUGUGAGUUCUUCUCAGCCUGUAUCUCGACCACUGCAACCCAUACAACCAGCACCGCCUCUUCAGCCAUCUGGGGUGCCAACAAGUGGACCAUCUCAGACAACCAUACACUUACUACCUACAGCUCCAACCACCGUGAAUGUAACACAUCGUCCAGUAACUCAGGUGACCACAAGACUCCCUGUACCGAGAGCUCCUGCAAACCACCAAGUGGUUUAUACAACUCUCCCAGCACCACCAGCUCAGGCUCCUCUUCGAGGAACUGUUAUGCAGGCUCCUGCUGUUCGGCAGGUUAAUCCCCAAAAUAGUGUUACAGUUCGAGUGCCUCAAACAACCACAUAUGUUGUAAACAAUGGACUAACCCUAGGAUCAACAGGACCUCAGCUCACAGUGCAUCACCGACCACCACAAGUGCAUACUGAGCCCCCACGCCCUGUGCACCCAGCACCCUUACCAGAAGCCCCACAACCACAGCGUCUGCCCCCAGAAGCUGCCAGCACAUCUCUGCCUCAGAAGCCACACUUGAAGUUAGCACGAGUUCAGAGUCAAAAUGGCAUUGUACUGUCAUGGAGUGUCCUGGAGGUGGAUCGAAGCUGUGCCACUGUUGAUAGCUACCAUCUCUAUGCUUACCAUGAGGAACCCAGUGCCACUGUGCCCUCACAGUGGAAAAAGAUUGGGGAAGUGAAGGCACUUCCCUUGCCCAUGGCAUGUACUCUCACCCAGUUUGUAUCCGGCAGCAAAUACUACUUUGCAGUACGAGCCAAGGAUAUUUAUGGACGUUUUGGACCUUUUUGUGAUCCUCAGUCAACAGAUGUGAUCUCUUCUUCCCAGAGCAGUUAAACCUUGGAGCCUUUAUCUUUUCCUCUUUCAGAAGUCACACUUUUUGGUCUUGUUUUUAAUCUUGUGCAUGAUACCCAAUGUAAAAUCCACAUUGUACAAAAUUUCAUGGACAGAUGUGUGUAUACACUACUUUUGUUUAUAACCAGAAGUAAAAUAAACUCAGCCCAUAAAGCAAGAAUCUUAUCACGGACAAUUCAAGCUUCAGGGUUUUGAAAUGUAAA